AUGCCUUACAAUAUAAGUGUUAGGGUUUUCUUCUCCUUGUCUUCUUUUCACCAAAGCUUCCCUUCAAUGUCCAACACAGACCAAUCCGUCAGGGCCUGCGUACUAAAAGUCAAUGUUAAGUGUUGUUCCGGUUGCCAAAACAGAGCAAAAGCAAAGCUACAGAGUCUCCCCGGCGUCAGCGCAGCGGAGUAUAACGUACAAAAUGGGCUCAUGACAGUCACAGGCGACGUGGACCCUAUGACUCUCGUUCAUAAACUCGCGAGAUCGAGAAAAAAAACAGAGCUUGUCUCAGUCAGUUACAUGCCUGAUAAUGAUCUCACCAGUGAAGAUGAAGAUGAUGAUGAUGAUGAUGAUGAUGAGGACGAGGAAGACACUUCUUCUGAUGACACUAGUUCAAAUCAUGAUCCUAGACCCAUGCAACGUGCAUCCCAAGUAAGUAUGAGGCCCACUAUAAAUAAGAAGAAGGAAGGGAUGGUAAGAAAGUAUCUUCUGUUAGGUUGUUUACGCAGCAAACCAAAGGUUGUUCAGCCUUUUCCAUUGGCAAAGCGAAUGUUCGGGUCAACAAGGUUCGGGGAUGGCAAUGCUUUAGCUAAUGCUAGGCGACCUCCACCUCCGUUUCAUCCACAAUAUCAUCAGAUGAUGAUGAUGAUGAACCCACAGUUUCAGAUGAAUGGAGCACCACCAAUGCAUAUGAUCCAGCAGCAGUCAGGUCCACCACAAAAUACACCAUAUCAUUUGACACUGGAUCCAAAUUUCAAAGCUAUGUUCCCACAGAUACAGCCACCGAAACCUGAUCCGAAAAUGCUGGUCAACAGUGGUUUACAUUACUCCGGCAAGUGACUCCAACCGCUCUGAGUUAUAAGCCCACCUAGGCUGCUACUUGAUUGUGUCCUCCUUAAAACGUUAUUUAUUAUACUAAGCAAACGAAUCUUAUUUUUUUUAGUGGACUUGUGGGUUCCUUUUGCCGAUUGCAGGCACUGAACAUUU